UCUGGUCAGAUGUCUUUGAGACAUCUACAUGGAAGUCCACUUAAAGAAGAAAGACAAAGGAACCUGUCCCUGUGGAUCGCACAUUCAGUUUAGGCCAUUUGGGCAGGACAGGAUGAUGACUUUCCAGGCAGGCUACAUGAAGGAGGUCACAAUGUGCACUUUAUGACGAGCUCUGUAAUAUAUCUGGGAUGACACUGAGCUUAUCCUCCCUCCUGCAGGGGGCAUUUGGGACCCAACACAUGUUGUCUUUCUGCCGUGGCAUCUUUUUGUUGUUGUUCACUAUGAACUUCUUCGUUGAUGUAGAAAUCGUCUCCCUGGCAUCUUCCAUCUCAGCCCAGCCCACAUUCACUUUGGAGGUGGAGAAGCCCGUCAGCUGCCUGCCACAUGAGCCAUUGCCUGAGCCAGACAUGAAGCAUUGGUGGAAGAUUUUUGUCCUGUUCAUCUUUUGGGUGCCCAUCUUGUGGCUGAUGGCCCCCUACCUGGAUCUGGCCCCUGAAUUAGCACUCCAACAAAAACAGAGGUGGUUGGUCCCAUGGCAUUACAACCACCCUUGGUUCAGAUUUCCUUCUGGAACCUGCAACUGCUCUUCCUGUCACCACAGAGUUGGAGAAUGGAAUUGGUUUGGAGCAUGCCAUGGGGAGACUGGAGCAUACUUCACGGGGACAAAAGUUUCCUGGAGGCUGGGUGGGAACUUAGUAAGUGAGCUUGGCAGAGUGUGGGAGAAGAUGUUGAAAGUGAUUCCCAGAUCUUUGGUGCACCAUUCUGAUUUCUACUGUGUGACUUGUGUGGUGUUGAGGAACUCACAAAUCCCACAGGGCUCUGGCCUCAGUGACAUCGAUCAGUACCACAUGAUCUUCAGGAUGAAGCAGGCCUCUGCCCAGGGCUUUGAGACACUUACAGGGAACCAAACCACAGGACCCUUCAUUUGUCCCAGGAAUGCCAGUGACCAAGGCUCCUGGACACAGUGGCUGCUUCAGCUUUCUAAUCUGGCAUGAACUUUGGAUGCUGUCCAUGAUAAAGUGAUGGAAGAAAUGUCCCUAGAUGUUCUGUGAGGGACUGAGGAAAGGUCUCUUCAGAAGACAGCAGGUGCUCCAGGAAGUGUCUGUGGUAGUUUCCUGGAGGCACCCAAUGGAUUUUUCCAGGCCUCAAGAGCUUUGUGAAACUUUGCUACCUCUCAUUCUUGAAUUUUGGAGAAUG